AUGCUCUUACCUACUCUCGCAACAGGCCUGCUCAUCGGCAGUGCCGUGUGCACUACUCAUGUAGUGCACGAGAAGAGAUGGCAGCCGCCGAUGAAUCGCGGGUCUCGGCUCGAUCCGAAUGCCAUUGUCCCGCUCCGCAUAGCACUGAAGCAGAGCAAUCUUGAGACUGGCUAUGACCGGUUGAUCGAUGUUUCGCAUCCUUCGUCUGCAAAUUUCGGGAAGCACCUCUCAACUGCAGAAGUGCACGAGCUCUUUGCUCCUGCUGCAGAAACUACAAAGACUGUGAAGGACUGGCUGUUGAACGCUGGAGUUUAUCCAGGCGCUGUCAAGGAGUACGUGAACAAAGGCUGGCUUGCGGUUGAUGUUCCAGCCAAGAUAGCCGAAAGUCUGCUGUCCACCGAAUAUUACGAGCACGACAGUAACGAUGGUGUCAAGAUCGGCUGUGAUAGCUACUCACUGCCUGCUCAUGUCUCCAAACAUGUCGAUUUCGUCAAGCCUGGAGUCAAGCUCUCGCCACCAAUGAAGAAGCGAACGCUAGAGAAGCGCCAAAACUUUCCUCAUGGAGGACCGCCUUCAGGACCUAGAGGUCCGCCCGGGCCCAUUUGGCAACCUCACUCACCCCCUGAUCGGAAUCCUGGCUGGCACAUGCCACCUGGAGCUCAAAGUCUGCCUCCCGAACUGCAAGCGUGCAGUGUCAACAUCACACCACCGUGCAUUAAGGCCCUGUACCGCAUUCCAAAUGCCACGCUAGACACGCCGGGCCAGGAGAUGGGACUGUACGAGACGUACGAUGCGUUUUCGCAGGCGGACAUUGACCUCUUCUUCGAGCAUUUUGCGCCGUACGUGCCGCAAGGCACCUCACCCACUGUCCUAUCUGUGGACGGAGGUACUGCACCGGUUCCCGCAGCAAGUGUUCGCAAUGGCGGCGAAAGCGACAUAGACAUCACGCUAGCUUACAGCCUGAUCUACCCACAAUCCGUCACGGUAUACCAGGUCGACGACCUGCCGAACAGUUCUGGCAUGACAAAUGUAACAGGCUUCCUCAACACAUUCCUCGAUGCCAUUGACGGCAGCUACUGUGGCUACAGCGCAUACGGCAUCACCGGCGACUCACCGGGCAUCGACGCCACCUAUCCAGACAACUCCAAUCUGACCGGUGCUUACAAGGGUCAGCUAGAAUGCGGCACAUACAAACUCACCAACGUACUGUCUGUGUCGUACGGUGAAGCAGAAGCAUACCUGCCAAAACCAUACGUAGAACGCCAAUGCAACGAGUUCAUGAAGCUUGGUCUUCAAGGACAUUCCAUCCUCUUCGCGUCUGGCGACUACGGCGUAGCGAGCUUUCCGGGAAGCAACGAGAACGAGUUCGGUUGUCUCAGCGCGCCAGGCAUGAACGGCACAAUCUACAACCCAGACUAUCCCGUUGGUUGCCCGUACAUUACGGCGGUCGGAGCGACUCGACUCUACCCAAAUCAAACCGUGUACGAUCCCGAGAGCGCCAUGCAAGUGAAUUUGCAGUCCGGUAACCGCAGUGCUGCGUAUGAGUUCUUCGCCACCGGAGGUGGUUUCUCAAACCUGUUCACGCCGCCAUCGUAUCAAGCGCAAGCCGUAGCGAACUAUUUGGCCAAGUAUGGUCCUGACGUGCCUUCCUACGUCGCAAACAGCACGGGUACCAAUUAUGGCGAGAACGGCGGCGUAUUCAAUCGUGCCGGCAGAGGUUAUCCCGAUGUCGCAGCCAAUGGUGCAUACCUUCUAGACUACACCAACCAGACGUUGGAGCACUGGUUCGGGACUAGUCUAUCGUCGCCGAUCUUCGGUUCCGUCCUCACGCUCAUCAACGAGCAACGAGCACAGGUCGGCAAGGGACCGGUUGGCUUCGUCAACCCCACCCUUUACGCCAAUCCGCAAGUGCUCAAUGAUAUCACCAAUGGCAGCAACCCGAACUGCGGAAGUUCUGGCUUUGAGACCGCUCCCGGCUGGGAUCCUGUGACGGGGUUGGGCACGCCAAACUACCCUAAGAUGCUCGAACUUUGGAUGAGACUCCCGUAA